AUGGUAAAUCUUAGCAAACGAUCGUUUUGGAAUUUUACAUUAAAAGACAUAUUAAGUAUUAUAUCUUCAGUUGCUAUACCUAUAGCUCUUGCUAUUUAUACUGCAAUUGGGUCUCAACAACAAAAACAACAAGCUGAGAAAAAACAAAAGUUUGAUUUGGAACAAUCAACACAAUUAAGACAACAAACACUUUAUGAUGAAUUCAUAAAUAAUAUUUAUAAACUAGAUAAAGAUGAUUAUCUCAAUGACACAAAAAAUCCAUGGGCAUUUGCAAAUGCAUAUUAUCGUGCUGCUCAUCGUCAAUGGGAUACAAUACGUAAAGCAGAUGUCUUACAAUUUCUAAAAGAAAAACAAUUAAUUGGUAGAAAUAAUUGUACUGAUGGAUGUAGAACAACAAAAUUAGAUGAUAUAAUUCGUUUAAAUGAGUUAAACUUUGAUAAUGUACACCUAGCAAGUGAAACUGGUAUAUUAAAUAAGUUGAAUUUACAAUGUGUUUCUUUUGACCAAGUAUCAAUGUCAAAUGCAGUAUUUUCAUUUGCUAGUUUAAAUGGUGUAUCAUUUGAUGGAGGACGAUUAGAUAAGGUAAAAUUUGACGGUUCAUCUUUACUUUGUGCUAGUUUUGAUGGUGUAAAUCUGUCGGGAGUAGAUUUUGGAAAUUCAGAUCUGACAGGUGCGCAGUUUUCAAAUAGUGAUUUGUCUGGAGCUAAAUUAACGGAAGAUCAAAUGAAGCAGGCAUAUUUUCAUAAUGUAACUAUGCCAAAUGGAAAGAAGAGUGAAGUUACAUCCUCAACAACAACAAAAAAACCAAUAACACAAACAACAACAAUAACAAAAACAAAAAUAUCCAUAAUAACAUCAGCAUCAUCUUUAACAACCUCAUCAGCAACUGCAACAAUAACAACAACGCCUUCAACAGCAGCAGCAACAUCAUCAUCAACAACAACAUUAUCCUCAACUACAACAACAUCAACAACAACAUCAACAACAACAACAACAACAACAACAUCAACAACAACAUCAUCAUCAUCCACAACAGAAGCAACAUCAUCAACAGUAGCAGCAGUAACAUCAUCAAUAGAAGCAAUAUCGUCAUCAACAGAAGAAACAUCAUCAACAGCAGCAGCGGCAUCAUGGACAACAACAUUAAUCGCAUCUUGUAACAGUACAUUUCUUAAUCAAACUAUUUACUCAGUUGGUUCAAGAGCAUAUUCAGUAGUAGUAGCCGAUAUAAACAGCGACAAUAAAUCCGAUAUUAUUACUGCAAAUCGGGAGCGAGACACCGUCAGUGUUCUUCUCAACACAGGCAAUAGCAAUUUCUCUUCCCAAGCUACUUACACAGUUGAUGAAAGUCCAUAUGUAGUAGUAGUAGCUGAUGUGAACAGCGAUAACAAACCCGAUAUUGUCACUGCAAAUAGAGGUGCAAGGACCAUCAGUGUUCUUCUCAACGUCGGCAACGGUACUUUUUCUCCUCAAGUUACUUACUCUGUUGAUGUAUAUCAAACGUCAGUAGCAGCAGCUGAUGUGAACAAUGACAAUAAAUCCGAUAUUAUUACUGCAAAUCGGGAUCGAGGCACCGUCAGUGUUCUUCUCAAUACAGGCGACGGCAAUUUCUCUUCCCAAGCUACUUACACAGUUGGUCAAAGUCCAUAUGCAGUAGUAGUAGCUGAUGUGAACAGCGAUAACAAUGCUGAUAUUGUCACUGCAAAUCGGGAUCGAGACACCGUCAGUGUUCUUCUCAAUACAGGCGACGGCAAUUUCUCUUUCCAAGCUACUUACACAGUUGGUCAAAGUCCAUAUGCAGUAGCAGUAGCCGAUGUGAACAGCGAUAACAAACCCGAUAUUGUCACUGCAAAUGAAGAGUCAAACACCGUCAGUGUUCUCCUCAAUACAGACAACGGCACUUUUUCCCCUCAAACUACUUACUCAGUUGGUAAAUAUCCAUAUGCAGUAGUAGUAGCUGAUAUGAACAGCGAUAACAAACCCGAUAUUGUCACUGCAAAUAGAGGUGCAAGGACCAUCAGUGUUCUUCUCAACGUCGGCAACGGUACUUUUUCUCCUGAAGUUACUUACUCAGUUGGUGAAUAUUCAAUAUCAGUAGCAGUAGCUGAUGUGAACAAUGACAAUAAACCUGAUAUUGUCACUACAAGUGAGAAUUCAGACACCGUCAGUGUUCUCCUACACUGUUAA